UCGUAAACACUCAACGGGGUGGUGUGUUUGCAAUUUGGCUGCUCUUGUCGCGUGUUUUCCUGAGUUUUAACGCUGGAUAUAUACACCGAGAGGUUCUCUCUCUCUUAGCGUAUAUAUACCGGUUUACUUUAAUCUCUAGGGAUUAAAGUAUUCUUGUCCGGUGGUGAAAAGGUUACGUGCAAUUGAAAGACUUUAAACCCCGUUAACCAACCUGAAGGUUUUAUCAUGUGCAGCUGUCUUAUUUUUCUGUAGUUCCGGAGCAUAAUAGUAUCAGCUAUGACUGGGGAGGGGAUUAAGCCCAAGCAUCUGGUGCACUGGUUUAGGAAAGGUCUUCGUCUACAUGAUAACCCAGCACUACGAGCCGGCCUCAAAAAUGCUUCAUCGUUCAGGUGUAUAUUUAUAUUAGAUCCAUGGUUUGCUGGCUCCUCCAACGUCGGCAUCAAUAAAUGGAGAUUCCUUCUGCAGUCUCUAGAGGACAUCGACAGUUCGUUGCGGAAGCUCAACUCUCGUCUGUUCGUUAUACGCGGCCAGCCAGCACACGUCCUGCCGGAGCUGUUCCGAGAGUGGGGCACAACAUGUUUAACUUUUGAAAAGGACCCUGAGCCAUUUGGCAAGGCACGUGAUGCUAACAUUGUAGCCAUUGCUCGUGAGAUGGGCAUUAAUGUUAUUGUCAAGACAUCCCAUACACUCUACAAGCCAGAAAAAAUUAUCGACAAAAAUGGUGGAAAACCUCCUCUCACAUACAAAGCAUUCCAAAAUAUCUUGAUGAGCAUGGAUCUGCCUCCUCUACCUCAAAGCACAAUCACUCUUGAUGACCUGGAGAAUAAAUGUACCCCUAUUUCUGAUGACCAUGAUGAGAAAUAUGGGGUUCCCACUCUGGAGGAACUUGGCUUUGACACAGAGUCACUACAUCAAACAGGUUGGAAAGGUGGGGAGAGUGAAGCCCUGGCCAGAUUAGAGCAUCAUCUAGAGCGUAAGGCCUGGGUAGCCUCUUUUGGUAGACCCAAGAUGACUCCUCAAUCCUUAUACUCGUCUCGCACUGGGCUGUCACCAUACCUCAGAUUUGGCUGUCUGUCUUGUCGAAGAUUUUUUUCAGAACUUAAUGACCUUUACAGAAAGAUCAGAAAGUCUCCGCCACCACUUUCACUGCAUGGUCAGUUAUUGUGGCGAGAAUUCUAUUAUACUGCAGCAACCAACAACCCCAAGUUUGAUCAUAUGGAAGGAAACCCCAUAUGUGUUCAGAUACCAUGGGAUAAGAACCCAGAAGCUCUUGCAAAAUGGGCAAAUGGUCAAACAGGUUAUCCCUGGGUUGAUGCCAUUAUGACCCAGCUGCGGAAGGAAGGGUGGAUUCAUAAUGUAGCUCGACAUGCUGUUGCCUGUUUCCUGACUCGUGGUGAUUUGUGGGUGUCAUGGGAAGAGGGUAUGAAGGUUUUUGAUGAACUGCUGCUGGAUGCAGACUGGUCUGUAAAUGCUGGAUCUUGGAUGUGGCUUUCAUGUUCAUCAUUUUUCCAGCAAUUUUUCCAUUGUUACUGUCCUGUACGGUAUGGUAGAAAAGCUGAUCCAAAUGGUGACUAUAUCAGAACGUACUUGCCAGUGCUCAAGAAUUUCCCAACAAAAUAUAUUCAUGAACCCUGGACUGCACCUGAGUCAGCACAACGAGCUGCCAAGUGUGUUAUUGGGCAAGAUUACCCAAUGCCUAUGGUGGAUCACAUCAAGCAGAGUCAAAAUAAUAUUGAAAGGAUGAAGCAAGUGUACCAGCAACUUGCUCACUACAGAGGAAAAAUUAAUCCUGCUAUAAAGUCUCCAACUGUGGACCACUACCCAUCACCCCCACAUGAAUAUGAAAAGAGAAGCAACAAAACUGGGAAAAAAGAUAUCCAGCAUGAUUCAAACUACAGAGUUCAAGUGCAAGCCUGACUGAAGUGUGCCUUGGAUGAUCAUGAAUGCUGAGCUGAUAAAUUCAGCAUUGGAACACUUUUCAAAGGACCAAGGAAGGUAAAAUUGUGUCUCAGUACAAAACUGAAUUAAUAACAAAUAUUAGUGAAGUGAAUGAUAAUGAACAAAAUCAUCUUAUAUAGUGUUUAAACUGCAUUAGCUACAACACAUGAUAUUCAUGUGAAUUAUAGCAGAUGCUCUUCUCACUGAUACUAGAAAUGAUUGAUUCUACAUGCUGUAGCUAUAUCUCAAAAAAGUGACUUUACUAAUGAAUUUUUGGAAGUUCCAAUGUUAGAAUGACUAAGAGGUAGCAGUGUUGGGUCUGUUUACUCCAGGCAAGAUUAACAUAUAAUGUAACAAUGGAAUAAAUUUAUUUGUAAUAAUUUAAUGCUGCAUUAUAAAUAACUUGUACCUAAUAGAUACCUUAAGUUUUUUUUUUUUAACAUGCUGAUCGUCUCCCACCGAGGCAAUGUGACCGGAAAAAAAAAAACCACUUUCACCAGUGUUUAAAUAAAGUACUGAGGUGUAUCUCUUCUGCUAAAGAACUGACUUGGCUCAGAUUACAUACUACAUUUGUAAAUUCCCACACUUACAAUGGUAUACAUUUAUGCAGAUACACAGGUAAAAGUGUCAGGAUAUAUGUUUGUCAUUUAGAAUCAAUAAUUAGUUAGUGUGAUCAUCAUACCUGCGUGUGUGUGUGUACACACACGUGCGCAUAUAUGCAUGAGUGUGAUAUACCUAUGACUGUUUUGAGUCUGGUAUUUCUGUAGCCUGGCUGGGACUAGGCUUCUCUGGUGCUUGCCUGGUCAACCAAGCUGUUGCUGUUGGUGGCUCAUUUACAGCCUGAUUGAUCUGGCAGUUGGUGGAGGUAUUGAUCCAGCUUCCUCUUGAAAACUUAAACACUUGCUCCAACAGUACAGGCAUUUCUUGUAUCUGCUGGCAGUAGAAUGAAUAGGCUAGUCUAUGGAUCUUGAUACAGUGGUAUUCUCAUAUUGUGCCUAUGGUGCCCCUGAUUUUCAAUGGGUUCAUAUUACACUUCCUCCCAUAUCUCUCCAGUAUGUUGUUCCAGUAGUAAAUAGGGUUGGGAUUAGGUCCUCCUGGAUCUUCCAAUUAUAUAUUCUUUCUUCUUCUUUCAACACACCGGCCGUAUCCCACCGAGGCGGGGUGGCCCAAAAGGAAAAACGAAAGUUUCUCCUUUCACAUUUAGUAAUAUAUACAGGAGAAGAGGUUACUAGCCCCUUGAUCCCGGCAUUUUAGACGCCUCUUACAACACGCAUGGCUUACGGAGGAAGAAUUCUGUUCCACUUCCCCAUGGAGAUAAGAGGAAAUAAACAAGAAUAAGAACUAGAAAGAAAAUAGAAGAAAACCCAGAGGGGUGUGUAUAUAUAUAUGUUUGUACAUGUAUGUGUAGUGUGAUCUAAGUGUAAGUAGAAGUAGCAAGACAUACCUGAAAUCUUGCAUGUUCAUGAGACGGAAAAAAGGACACCAGCAAUCCUACCAUCAUGUAAAACAAUUACAGGCUUUCGUUUUACACUCACUUGGCAGGACGGUAGUACCUCCCUGGGCGGUUGCUGUCUACCAACCUACUACCUAGGACAUUCUUUUAUAUCUAGGCCAAAAUUUACUGCUCACAGCUUAUCUAAAUGAGCAAAGCUCAUCAUGUAGUUCUACGGCACAAACCACAAGCUCAAAGCUGUAGUACUACGGCAUGGACUGCAAGAGUGUUAAAUAUAUGUGGCCUCUAAAAUGCAAAAUAAGCCAGGAUCUCAAACAGAACUGUUUAUGCAUAUAAAAUUAUGCCUUGUUUGGGAAUUAGAGAUUAAUGAAACCUCUAGGAACAACCCUCACUCAUUUAGGAUACUCCCAAAUUUACAAGUGUUGAGUUCCUAGAGGUCUUCAAGGAUUCAAAAUUUGCAGAUACUGUUCACUGAAUUCUGUCCACAUAAUCAGUUUUGUUUUGGAUUUGGGUUCAUUUUGUGAUUCAGAAACUAUAUCUCUAAUUGUUUCAUCCUGGUUAAUAUUGACAUUCACAAGAAAGAUGGAGAGAGAGUACAGCGGAACCUCAAAUAUAGAACUUUCUUUGGUCCAGAAGGCUGUUCAAGUGUCGCUACUGAAUGAAUUUAUUCCCAUCAGGAAUAAUGUAAAUUAGAUUAGUCCAUUUCAGACCCUCAAAAAUACACUUAUAAAAGCACUUACAAAAAUACACUUACAUAAUUGGUUGAGUUGGGAGCAGUUCGAUUUUUGAGGUUCCACUGUACUAGAGAUUGAGUAAAUUCCUAUGGUUAAUAUUCAAUUCUGAGGUUUUGUGCCAAGCCAAAAAAUGAAAAAACUCAUGAAUCAUCAAAGCUAUGUGGUAGGUCCUUUAGGAAAAAUACUUGGUGAUAAAAGCAUAAGAAUUUGGAAGCUUGUAAAUUCCAUGCAAAGAUUAGUGAAAUACAUCUGUAUAUUAUAGCAUUUGUACAUUACAUAUACUGUAUAGCAUUAAGUUUAAAAUACACUUCAACUAUUUGAACUCUGUGCCAGCUCUGGAUUUCGCUUGCAAUUACCGACUUUUUUCUAGAAUUACUCAGAACUGUGGAAAAGUGGUUACUAGAAUUUUGGAUUAUAUCAUUAAAAUAAAUGAAUUCUCAAAAUUGUAUUAAUCUGGAAGGAGGAGAAGCACUAAACCUGUAGAGGUUAUACAGUGCCUCACAUUUUUGAAAAGCAUUGAACCCAUAGGGGUCAAACAGUGCUGCCUGGGAAAUUGGGAGGCAGUCAGGUUUAAUUCAUGGGGAAGACAACUAAUUCUUUGAAUCAAGAGUCCUUCAUUGGCAUCAAGAAAUGGAAAAAAAAAUUACUUAUCAGCCAUACCUGCCAGUGCAUUAUGAAAUCCAGUAAAGAUGUCUUGUAAUAAUUUUUUGUUGUGUCGUACUUUUAUUUGGUAUUCAGAGUGAAGAAACCAAUAAAGAAGUGUGCUAAAAUUCCAUUGAUAAGUUGGGUACAGUGCUGCUGCCAGUCAGGUAAUCCAGUAUGUGCUUCACAGAUAAAUGAUUGCUAAUGGUCAAACAGUUCAGUGAAAAAUUGCAGCAAGUUCAUUGCAGUAUUAUAUAUUUAGAUUUUCUUUCAAAAUCAUGUUAGACACUUCAAAGGAUAGUGAAACCUAAAAGAAACCAACUACUGAUUAUACAAAAUGUUUAACAUACUUAAAAGAUUUUAACAUAUAAGAGUAUUGAAAAUGUUGCAAUAUUUAUAUACUUAGUAUGCUACCACAUUGGGCUACAUGGCAUAAUAAAUCAAUAGCAAAUUGUGCCUUAAAUCAAAGUACUCUGCUGUCUCUUAGCUCUGCUCAUUCCAUAAUUCAGCCCUUUCAAUGUAUAAUUGACAAAUUUUAUUAUAUUGACAAUUAUAAUGUACAAAUAAUUCUCACAUGUUACACUAGAAAAUGUAUUUGCUCAUUAAAAUCUUCUUAAUCAAAGGAAAACAUGCCAUUAAAUUUCUGUUUAUAUACUGGAUAGUAAAAAGUAACUAAUUCCCUAGUUGCCACUAUUAAAUACACUUGCAUCAUGUAUAUAUAUAGUGUUAUCAUUAUUAAAAGUGUUUUUGCUAUACAGAUACAGGGUGUUCAGAAACUCAACUCGCCCUUAUAUGGUGGAAGAGCCACAGAUCAGCAUGCAGUGUUUAGUAGAUGGCAUAUAAAAGGAGCAAUUAAAAUGAGUGCUCAAGUAACAUGAUUUAUCAUGUACACUUAAGUGACAACCUUAAUGACCAACAUAUUCAACAAUUACUGUACAGUUAUUUAUCAAUAAACAUGCAUUUUCCAUGGGUUGCAUCUCUUUUUGAACACCCUUUACAAUACUGUAUCUUCCCCUCUCUCAAUAAAUGAUAGAAAAUGGCAAUAUACUUAUAUUUAUGUUAAUGUGUUAGUCAACAUAGUGAAGACACUAUCUGCUGUACUAUUUCAUUACCUGUUGGCUCAUAUUGUACAUAUUACACAAACAAUCAAACUCGGUCAAAAAGUGAAGAAAUGACAGGUGCAAAACAAGCUUUUAUUGUGACAAUGUUUCAUUCAAUGUUAUGAAGUCAGCAAAGAAGAUAUAAAAUGCCCAUAUACAACCAGAAUGGUGUUACAAUAAAUGCUUGCUCUACAACUGCAUUACAGUCUGCAGUGCACAGGCGCCGACUGCCACCUAGCAGCUGUCCCUUUCCAGAAUGCUAUCAACCAUGUUUCCCACCGAGCCAUUAAUGGGUUUAAAUUUUCUGUCGCUAAAACACAUCAGAUUACUUUACAAGAUGCUCUGUUGUCCCAUUCAUCAUCAAGAGUUGUGUUUAUGUUUAGGUGCUUUUUUGUUCCUUCCCUGUUGAGAGCCUAUAUACAGAGGUGAACAUUCCAUCUUUGCAAGAUCAGCGUGAUGCCCAUUGUCUCCAUUAUUUUGUCUCAUCUCGUUACCGUCAUGAUCCUUCUACAUAUAGGAUGGUAGCAGAUGUUAGUGGAAGUCCUUUGUUUGAUUGCCACUCCUCUUUAUUAAGUGCUUAUAAUCUUCGUAUUCAUUCUUUCUUGGCUUACCUUUAUUUAGCCCCCCUCUAUGUCCAUCUAGUAUUUACCUUUUCUCUCCCCCCUUUGGAUUAUUAUUAUUAUUAUAAUCAAGGGGGAAGCGCUAAACCCGGAGGAUUAUACAGCGCCGGGGGGGGGGGGGGAUGUGGAAGGCAUUCAGGCUUAAUUCGGGGAACUGGAGCUCAGAUCCAAUUCCCUAAAUCAAGAGCCCCUCACCAACAUCAAGGAACCUUCCUUGAGGGGCCCCCCUUUGGAAGUUACAAUGAUUCAUGUCUGUUCUUCCCCAGUUCUGUGUAUGAAAGCUCAAUUAUCUAUUAUAGCUUAUCGAUCCCUUUUUUUUUUUUUUUUUUUUUUUUUUUUGAAUCAUUUCCAAUCUCAUUCUGAUGUCAUUACAGUAUACACCGAUAGUUCUAAAUCCUCUGAAAGUAUCGAGCUUGCAGCAGUUUUCCAGACAGUAAACUCAGCUAGCAUUUUCACAGCUGAGUUCUGUGCAUUUCUCGUGAAGGUUAUAGGUGUAACAAUGUUGGUAGAAUUACUGACAAUAUGUUAAGUAAAGGACACAAGUGCAACUAAUGUGAUAUCUUAUUGUGGCAACAUUUUGCUCUCCAGGAGAUUUAUCAAGCUGUUAUGGCUUGAUAAAGCUCCUGGAGAGCGAAACAGUGCCACAAUAAGAUGUCACAUUAGUUGGACUGGUGUCCUUUUACCUAACAUGGCUAAAGGUAUUGCAAUCCUGACUACCUCAACAUUCACAAUAGUUUCAGACUCCUUUAGUAUUUUACAGGCUAUCCAAAAUUUUUAUGCUACUCAUGCCAUUGUUCUUUGUAUACAACUUUGGUUGCAUCACACUUCUAGUAAACACAGACAUCUUUUUCUGCUGGGUCCCUUGACAUAAAGGUAGACUGCUGCAUGGUAAGCUAUUCAUGACCCUCAUUUCAAAUAGGAGUAUUCCAUUCUCAGACUAUUUUACAGUAAUCUCUAGACAACUUUGCAAUAUGCAAUAUGUAGUAGGUUGGUAGACAGCAACCACCCAGGGAAGUACUACCGUCCUGCCAGAUGACUGUGAAACAAAAACCUGUAACUGUUUUGCAUAAUGGUAGGAUUGCUGGUUUCUUUUUCUGUCUCAUAAACACGCUAGAUAACAGGGAUAUCUUGCUACUCCUACUUACACUUUGGUCACACUUCACAGACAUGCACAUGCAUAUAUAUAUAUAUACAUACAUCUAG